AGCUGUCGGCUCGGCGGCCUCGCGAUGCCGGGGGCCCCGAGCAGCGCCGCGGCCCAGGCGGCGGCGGCCAAGGCCCAGGCGGCGCAGCGCGCCGAGGCCCAGGAGAGGCUGAAGCGCGAGAUAGUGGCUGCGACCUGCUAUCCCAAUGAGGCGGCGGACUAUUUCCAGGAGCGUUAUGCCCACCGCUUGCGCUGGGCGCACGCGGUGAAUUCCCAACGCCUGCUGCGAGCGGCUUUGACCUCGAACUCCCACUUUAUUGAGGCGGAUGUCUCGGCCGGGCCGCUGAUCGAAGAGAGGGACGGCAGGAGGGCGGCCUCCGUGGUGCAAACCUCGGUGAGGACGGCCUCGGACCUGCCGCUGAUCAUGGCCCACUACCCCACCCAGCGCUCCAGCGACCUCUGCUUCGAGCACUUUCUGGCAGCGGUGCUGAAGCACAACGCCCAGGUUGACGGCGACUUUGAGGACGAAACGCCUUCCAGCCCGAGCAGAGUACCCCAGCGCUCUCCCUUUUCCGAGCCGGUGAUUCAUGCCGAGCAUCAGGAGGACGUGUUGGUGCGGUCUGCCAGUGAAAAGGUGGAAGAUCUUGCACUGCGGAGCUCGCACUGCCAGGAAGCCGCGGCCUUCGCGGUGGACUUGCACAAGGAGCUCGAGACCUUGAACCACAACGAGGUGGUGAUGGCCUGCAUCGGCGCUCGAAGGGCCAGCAACCACCAACGCGCCUACACCAAGAAGGGCAUCAAGUUGGACUUCAAGGUGUUCGAGUCGGUGGAACCAGCACUUAGACACCUGCAAAGCACGGAUGCCGCAAGAAAGCUGGGUGGGCACCUGUGGCUCAACGCGGAUGUCUUCGCUGGGCCUGGCUAUCCUGAGAGAUUCCUGUCUCCCAUUGAUGCCAGGAGAUUUGUCCAGCUUUGCGCGGAGCGAGUUCCCGACGCAGUGCUGUCACUGAGCUGGGGGAGCUCAUCGCUCUCAACCAGCAGGUCCUACACAGCGGACAUGGUGAACAGAAUGAUCGAGCUGUGCAUGUCCCCCAUCGUGCCCCGGGCUUUGGAAGUGUCUCCCAAGACUCAGGUGCCUGAGCAGCUCACAAGACAGGAGCUGCCAGAGCUCAAAGAGGAGCACCCGCCAGAGACCGCGAAUCAGCCUGACAAGGAGGAGCCCCCCGAACCGGAGAAUGAGGAGCAGAAAGAGCCCGAAGCGCAGCCUGACGAGGGUCAGGCGCCGGAGUCGGAGCUCGAGGCUCCAGAGGCUGCCUCCAGCAUGAGGAUAAGCACAGGAGGGGAGAUCUACUGCCUCACCCCGGCUGCAAGCUGCCAGCACAUCACCUUUGCCGUCGCCGCGGAGUACGCGCUCAACUCUGCACCGCACCUCUUGAAACUUUUGGACGCGGUGCCUGGGUCGUCGCUGACCAUCUUCUCCGGCAUGGGAUCGCUGGGGAUCUCACCCAGGACGAUUCAGGACAUCAUCACCAUCUACGGCACCACACGGUGUUUUCUGGACCUCCGCGUGACCAAACCCUGCAGAACUUGUUCACAGGGAGGCGGAUGCAGCCUUCAGUGAGCUCGAGUUUUAGGUGUCCUUGCCGGCUUGGAUUUGGCGAAAGAAGUUCGCCCUC